AUGCCAUCCGUUGUGGCUCCAUCGGCCGAGCGCCGCGCGGCGCGCUAUGCCCGUCGGCCGAGCCAGGCAGUGGCGGAGCGCAUGGCGCGGGCGCUCCGCCACCGCCUCCUACUCCUUGACCGUCCCUCCCCCAACACCUUCUUGGUCCUGGGAGCCACCUCUAACGUGUACACUGUCACCCUCUCGACCUCCCCCUCCUGCUCAUGCCCGGACCCCCGUGCCCCCUGCAAGCACAUCCUCUUCGUAUUGGUGCGAGCCCUGGACCUAGCCCUGACCGACCCUCGCCUGUGGCAGCGCGCUCUCUUGACCACCGAGGUGGCCGACCUUUUGGCACGCGCCACCUCGUCCGCAGCCCCUCUCGCAGGGCCAAAGACCCGCACCCGCUUUGAGGCAACUCGCGUGGCUCAGGGCCACGGUGAUGGGGUGGUGCGGGGGCGAGGGGGGUUGUGUCCGGUGUGUUUCGAGGGAAUGGACGACGAGGGGGAGGUUGUUGUUUGCGGAAGGUGUCGAAAUGGGCUGCACAGGGAAUGUUGGGGGGAGUGGAAGAGGAGAGGGGGGAGGAGGAGGUUGAGGUGUGUGGUUUGUAGGGGGGUUUGGAGAGAGGAGAGAGAGAGUGGGGGUUAUGUGAAUUUGGGGGAGGAGGUGGAGGAAGAGGAGAAUUGGGGUGGGGAGAGGGGGAUUGAGGAAUUGUAUCCAGAGACUUGGGGUUGGAUUAGGAGGUGGCAGGAAAGAGAUGCCUGA